CUCCCGUUUUCUUCUAUUUCCAUCUCUCAAUUUUCAAUUUCCGCAACUUCCUACGCUCUCAAUUUCUUCGUCUUCUUCCGGUUCUCUGUAAAUCUGUUCGGCGAAAAUGGCGGGUUUGAUCGACAAGGCGAAGGAGUUCGUGGCGGAGAAAGUGGCCAAUAUGCCGAAGCCGGAGGCCUCCGUCACCGACGUCGAUUUCAAGGAUUUGAGCCGCGAUUCCGCCGAGUAUUUGGCAAAGGUCACCGUCUCCAAUCCUUACAGCCACUCCAUCCCUAUCUGCGAGAUCUCUUACACUCUCAAAAGUGACGGCAGAGUGAUUGUUUCGGGGACGGUGCCGGAUCCAGGAUCUCUGAAAGCGAGCGAUUCGACGCUGCUGGAAGUAGGGGUGAAAGUGCCGCACAGCAUACUGCUAAGCUUGGUGAAGGACAUUGGCCGAGAUUGGGACAUAGAUUAUGAGUUGGAUAUCGGACUCACCAUUGAUCUUCCAGUCGUCGGAAACUUCACCAUUCCUCUGUCCACCAAAGGCGAGAUCAAGCUCCCUACCAUCUCUGACUUCUUCGCUUAGCUAUAAUCUCUUAUUCAUUUUAUUAAUUUUCUCCGUUCAUGUUUUAAGUAUCUCGGCUUAAAGUUUUGAAUCUCGAUCGGUUGAGAGAUCAUUUCCAUUAAAGUAGUAGAGAUUUUAUUUUUCUUGGAUUUCUUUCUUUUCCUAUUUUUACUUUUUAAAUAAUUCAUGCAUGGUUUGUAUUUGUACGAGUUUUAAAAAAAGUUUAAAUAUUCUUGUUGCC